ACGAAAAGUUGUCCAAUGAGCGCAAGAAGUGGAAUGAAUCUUGGGCUAAGCAGAAUGACAAUCUGUUUCGUGCUCGGCAGGAGUUGACGAACGCCAAGGCAGCGAACGUUGCCUUGGGUAAAGAGAAAGCUGCAGCUGAGGCGAUAGCGGUUAAAGCGCAGCAGGCGGAGGCCGGGGCCAUAAAGGCGUUUGAAGAGGCCAAGGAAGCCGGGGCGCGUGCUGCGAAGGCCCUGGAGGAGGCCGAAGAGAGGGAGAGCCUUUCUUCCAAGGCUCUUGAAGAGGCGAAUGCUAAGCGCGUUCGUUUGGAUGAAGUUGUUGCCAGCCUUCAGGCUGAGGUUCAGACCCGGGAGGUCGCGGUUACUGACCUCACAGCCCGCAUGACUGCAGCGGAAGAGCGGGCCAAUGUUGCCGUUGAGGCUAGAGAUGCUCUGACCUCUUCGUUUAACCAACUGGAGGCUGACCGUGAGUGGAUGCGGAGUCACGGUAUCGCGCGUAUUGUUCAGGCUAUCAUGGAUGCACCUGAGACCGCAGCUGGUUUGGACUUGGUCAAGGAACGUGCCCGCGAUGCCGGUUUUAAAGCUGGUUACAGCCGCUGUGUCAGUCAUAUGAACGUCAUGUCUGAAGGCGGUUUUACUGCAGAGCGAUCUGGGUUCCGUGACGUGGACACCGAAGGUCGCCUGAACGCGGCUAUAGCCUCCUUUUAUGAUACGUCACUCGCUUGUGUGGAGGAGUUGGACGACUGUUUAGAGGCUGUGGAUUAUGUAGAUCGGCUGCGGAUGCUCUAUGCCGAUGCGGAAGAGGAAGAUCCCGCUGGUGGUGCUGGAACCAGUGGUACAAAAUAGGGUUUAGGUUGGCUAGUGUGCCCCCUUUUUGUCUUCCUCUUGUAUAUGAUAGGAACUUUAUGUAAAUCCAUUAAGCAUCGCGUGGGUGUUUGAACUUUUUGAAUAUAAAGUGUUUUGUUCAAUUUGUACAAGUGUUUUUAAUUCUUGCAUGUUUGAACGUAUGUAUGCAAAUCUCUACCCAUUGUGAGUGGGGUCGAGUGUACUCCAUACUGUUGCGGUAUGAGUACGCGUCAAUUCCGUUAUUUCCCCCGUUAGGAUUUUAGAAUUGUGUAAGCUUUGUAAAAACU